UGGCUGUGGAUUGAUGAACGUGAGCGACCGUUAGUCGCAGCAGACACGGGUGAUGAACAACAACAAGUUGGGGAGCUGUGACUCUCUGUGCACGCGCGCUGCUCCCACACGGAUCACGGAUCACGGAUUACUAGUGGAAGGAAAGAAAGAAACGGGCAAUUGGAUUUUAAUGCGGAACUGCAUGUGACAAGAAUAAGUGCGAUCUAUGUGCUCGAUGUGUGCUCCAGAUUGAUGCCGAUCAAUACAAACAUGCAUAAUUAAUUAAUGGCGACGAUGCUUAUUAUUCAUAUAUUGCAUAAAAUUAUAAAAGUAAAUUCAAUCUAAAGUGACCAGAAAAGAGUCGGGUGUGAAAAGUGUGUGAUAAUUAUUGAACGAAAGUCAAAGAUCUAUUGCCAAAAUGUGCUAAUCAGAUUUUCAGCUGUGGUUCAACAACUCACCUGUGUGUAUUGCCAGCUAGUAGGCCAGUAGCUCAUCCAAAACCGACUCUAAAACGAAGCGAGGCGCCAACCCAAUCGAAACCCAAUCUGGCGAUCCAAUUGGCGUCGCGCCGGCAACAAACGCCGAUAAUUUGUGCAAAUUUCAUGCCCUAAUUGAAACUAACAAUACGGCCAAGUGUAAUUAUUAAACGGUUAACCCAAGCAGCCUAACACUCGAUUAUAAUUAAAUAAAAUAUAUACGUACAAGUCGAACGAGUGCACAGGGAAAGUACUCAAAGUGGAUUUGGAGUCAAGUGAGAUCAGCAGAGAUAGCUUAAAGCAGAUACAAUUGUGGAGUUCUUUAAUCUGGAAAUGGAUCCAGAGUCGCAGUGCCCGCAGUACGGCGAAGUGAAUCAGCUGGGCGGCGUCUUUGUGAACGGCCGGCCGCUGCCGAAUGCGACGCGAAUGCGCAUCGUGGAGCUGGCCCGGCUGGGCAUCCGACCCUGCGACAUCUCGCGCCAGCUGCGCGUGAGUCACGGCUGCGUUUCGAAGAUACUGGCGCGCUACCACGAGACCGGCUCCAUAUUGCCGGGUGCCAUUGGCGGCUCCAAGCCGCGCGUCACCACGCCCAAGGUGGUCAACUACAUACGCGAGCUGAAGCAGCGGGAUCCGGGCAUCUUUGCCUGGGAGAUUCGCGAUCGCCUGCUUAGCGAGGGCAUCUGCGACAAGACGAACGUGCCCAGCGUCAGCUCCAUCUCGCGCAUACUGCGCAACAAGCUGGGCAGCAUAGGUCAUCACCAUGGAGCUGGCAGUGCUGGCGCCGGCAGCGCAGCCAUCGGCAUGGGCAGCAACGGCGGCAGCGGAGGCAGCGCAAGCAGCGCUAAUGUGGCCAACGUCAAUGCCGUGCAGCACACACACUCCGCGCACCAACAUCACUAUCAUCACCAGCACACGGCAGCCGCGGUGGCGGCCAGCGCUCAUCAUGCGCACGCCCACGCCCAUCUCUACAAUUCCAUCUACCAGCCGUAUAGUGCGGCAGCGGCGUACAGCAUGAAGGCCGUCUCCUGUGGCAGCCCCUCGCCGCCGCAGGCGGGGCAGACGCAUCAGCUGCGCAGCGUGGCCGCCGCCCACUGGCCCUCGUCGCACUCGGUGACCGACAUUCUGGCGCACCACCAGGCCGUUGCCCUGCGCGCCAGCUGCCAGGGCAACACGGUGUCCCCGUUGCCCAUGACGCCAUCGCCGGUGGGCGCCGCCAACGGGGGACAGCCGCUGCUGGACUGCGAGGGCGGGGCGGCACAGCAGCCGCCCUACAACUACUACAUGUACUUUCAAAAUGGCGGCAUGCACCACCACCACCACCACGGCGGCAUGAUGACGGCCGGGGCAACCGGCUUAUGAGGCAACGGCCCAUCCUAGUUCCUCCUGGUUCGGUUAUUGUCAGUUGGACUGCUUUCGAAUCGCGUCCAGCUGUGAGUGAGUGCAGGCAGCUCGAAUUGUUAGUCAGGCAUGAGUGAAGGGUUUAACUACGGUAUACAUAUACAUAUAUAUAUAUAUAUAUACAUAACAUAUAUGAUUAAAAUACGCAAUUAGCUUAAGGCUCUAGACUAGGGAUCGCACUUGAAUAUCAAACUAACACUUAA